GGAAACCUCAGAGUGGCCGCUGGGAGACAGCACCCGCCUUGUUCCGCAGCCCUGUGGCUUUUUUUUUUUUUUUUUCCCUAGUAGAGGCUAGACAUCCCCGCCUCCCGCCCCACCUCUCUGGGGGGUUCUUUCCGCCCUGGCUCGGAAAGCGUUAACCUUGGAGCUUUGCGCACCCCCUGGCGCUCGCGCCCAAGGUUCCUAAAAAGGAAAGGUGCAAAUUGGUUCAGGACAGAGUGAUCAAAGCCCAGCGAUACUUCCUGUUGCCGAGACAUAUAAAACGUCAUGAAGGCUCUGGUUGCAGAGACGCACCUAGUGCUGGCCCAGCCGCUGCCGCCUGCUGCCCAGCGCCUGAGGUUUCCUGGGGACCACAAUGAACAAGUGGCUGUGCUGUGCGCUCGUGUUCCUGAACAUCUCCAUUAAAUGGACCACCCAGGAAACUUUUCCUCCAAAGUACCUUCAUUAUGAUCCUGAAACCUCUCGGCCACUCAUGUGUGACAAAUGUCCUCCUGGCACCUACCUAAAACAGCACUGCACAGCAAGGUGGGAGACCGUGUGCCUCCCUUGCCCUGACCUCUAUUACACCAACAGCUGGCACACCAGUGACGAGUGUCUGUACUGCAGCCCAGUGUGCAAGGAGCUGCAGUAUGUCAAGCAGGAGUGCAAUCACACCCACAACCGCGUGUGUGAGUGUGAAGAAGGGCGCUACUUGGAGCUGGAAUUCUGCUUGAAGCACAGGAGCUGUCCCCCGGGGUAUGGAGUGGUCCAAGCUGGAACCCCAGAGCGAAAUACAGUUUGCAAAAGAUGUCCAGAUGGAUUCUUCUCGAAUGAGACGUCAUCGAAAGCUCCCUGUAGGAAACACACAAACUGCAGUGUCUUUGGUCUCUUGCUGACUAAGAAAGGAAAUGCGACCCAUGACAAUAUAUGUUCUGGAAACAGUGAAUUCCCUAAAAAAUGUGGAAUAGAUGUCACCCUGUGUGAGGAAGCAUUCUUCAGGUUUGCUGUUCCUACAAAGUUUACACCUGAUUGGCUCAGUGUCCUGGUAGACAAUUUACCUGGAACCAAAGUAAAUGCAGAGAGCAUAGAGAGGAUAAAACGGCGAUAUAGCUCACAGGAACAAACUUUCCAGCUGCUGAAGUUAUGGAAGCACCAAAACAAAGACCAAGACAUGGUCAAGAAGAUUAUUCAAGAUAUUGACCUAUGUGAAAACAGUGUGCAGCGGCACAUCGGCCACGCAAACCUCACCUUUGAGCAGCUUCGCGGCUUGAUGGAAAGCUUACCAGGGAAGAAAAUUGGUGUAGAAGACAUUGAAAGAACAAGGAAGACAUGCAAAUCCAACCAGCAACUCCUGAAGCUUCUCAGCUUGUGGAGAAUAAAAAAUGGUGACCAAGACACCCUGAAAGGCCUGAUGCACGCGCUCAAGCAUUUGAAAACAUACCACUUUCCCAAAACUGUCACUCACAGUUUGAGGAAAACCAUCAGGUUCCUUCACAGCUUCACAAUGUACAGAUUAUAUCAGAAGCUAUUUUUAGAAAUGAUAGGGAAUCAGGUCCAAACAGUAAAAAUAAGCUGCUUAUAACUAGAAAUGGUCAUUGAGCUGUUUCCUCACAAUGGUCCAGAUCUGAUGGAUGAAUAGACUGUUUCUCAGGCAUUUGAGGGGGUACAAGGAUUUCUUUCUCAUCACCAAUGGCAAAGAAACUAUGAUGUGGAGAAAGAACUAAUAUCACCCCCAAAGUUCAAUAAAUCCCAAAUAGUUUAUCCAACUGCCAGAUCAGGUCCAGUGUCUACUGACUAUAUUUUCUUUAUUACUGCUUGCAGUAAUUCAAAUGGAAAUAACAAUAAAAGUAAAAUCUAGACUCCAUUGUACCUUUCUAAAUAUGGGAAUGUCUAACUUAAAUAGCUUGGCGGUUUCAGCUGCGCUAGUGGUUUUUAUUAGAAAGCCACAUUUUUUUUCUGUAAAAGUUGCUAAUAUAUCUGUAACACUAUUACAGUAUUGCUAUUUAUAUUAAUUCAGAUAUAAGAUUUGUACAUAUUAUCAUCCUAGAAAGAAAUGGUAUAAGAUUUAAUUUUAGAUGGAAAAAUACAUUCUGUUUAUUAUUAUGACAAAUUAAAGAGAUGAAAUAUAUUUUUAACGGAAAGUUUAUAGGAUUUUCUAAUAGGUAUUGCCAUUUUUCCUGUGUGAAGUGUUUUUAUAACAUAAUUUUAUCUGUAUAAGCUGUAAUAUCAUUUUAUAAAAAUGCAUUAUUUAGUCAAUUGUUUAAUGUUGGAAAGUGUAUGAAAUAUAAAUUAUCUGAAUAUUAGAUGCUCUGAGAAAUUGAAUGUACCUUAUUUAAAAGAUUUUAUGGUCUUACUAUAUAAAAAACAUUAUUAAAGUUUUCAAAUUAUUUUU